UAAAUUAACAACUAAGAGGCUUUGACUUAAAAAACAGAUUUUUUGGGGGAGUGAGCCCCCCAAUAAAAUACCGCCACGUACCCCCAUAAUUAAGUGUACAUUUUAAGAGAAAUCGAUGGAUACGGCUAUAAUGAAGUUGGACCAAUAGAUACAGUCUUUGAUGAUUAGCAUGAAAACUAAAAAAUUAAUUGGAUCACAUGAUAUCAUAUCAUAAUUAACUUCCCCCCGUGUUUCAGUUUCUUAGUGCUGACGGCUCGCCCGAAGUGAGCCACCGCCCACGUUAACUUCCAGCCCCACAUUUCUAAGUCCACACACAUGCACAUUUGCACUUGCUCUCUCACUCUUUCUCCUUUCCUUAUAUAUACUCACAUUUUCUCUGUCCUCCAUCCUACCCUCACCCCUCUCCUCUCUAUCCAUCUUUCUCUCGUCCUCUCGAGCUAAAUCGUAUUGUAUUGCUUACUCAUCAGUCACUUGGAAUCACCUACUUCAUCUAUGAUGAGUAUCCCGAAUGACCAUCUUUUUCAAACUCUACCACCUCGGCCAUUGCCUAUGACGUCGGACAGUAGAUGGAGGGUCAGUAUCAACCCUGCUCCUAACUGUCCGCGCUGUGCUUCAUCAAACACAAAGUUUUGUUACUACAAUAACUACAGCUUGUCCCAGCCAAGAUUCUUCUGCAAGGGGUGUAGGAGAUAUUGGACUAGGGGUGGGUCUCUUAGAAAUGUCCCUGUUGGCGGUGGAUGUCGUAAGAGCCGUCGUUCGAGAUCUACUAAAGGCUUUUCGAGUGGUUUAACGGGUCUUCGUUCUGAUAAUAAUCCAUCAUCUAACUCGUCUUCUUCUUGUUCAGAGUCGGGUUGUCCUGACAUUGACAUGGCCGCAGUUUUUGCUAAGUUUUUAAAUCCUGGGCAAGAAAAUGUCAAUGAGGAAAUGAACGAGGCAACAACAAACACAUCUUCUGAAGCUUCUUAUGGUUCCCCAAUAUCCAGCUCCUGCGGGCUGGAAAAUGGGUUAGAGUAUCAGAAGUUGUCAGAUGAUUUUCUUGAUCUUGUACCAUCUGAUCACAGACAGCUUCAAGUAGAUGAGGUGAAUCAGGGUUUCAUCAACCCUGAUUUGGCAUCUUUCGACGACAUUAUAGAAGAUGUUUUCUGGUCAGAAGACUCUGAUUUCUCCGGCUUCACAUGGCAGCCGAUAGCUCAGAUGCAGGAAUUUGAUUCAUCAUUGCCACCUGCUCAUGAAUCACAGACAUCAGCAGAUCUAUUCUCCAGUGAUAACUGGAGUUACUUCGAUACUGCAGGACUUGAAGCAUUUUCUGCACCUUGACAGUCUACGGGAAAAAGAAUUUUUGCU